GUCAUCGACGAGCGAAAAGUUGUUGGACUUCGGUACAUGAUCUCCCAUUUUUCCGGUUAUAAUAUUACCCUAGAUAAGCGCUAAGAUCUGUUCCAAAAUAUGUCAGUAGUGUACAAAGAACUUACAGUAGCGGAUCUGCGCACAGAUUUACGAAAGCGAGGUCUGAAGACUGGAGGCAUCAAGAAAGAACUGGUUGCUCGUCUCGAAGAUAAUGACAAAAUGAACUCAUCGACUUUCAAGAGGAAAACCAAUGAACCAGACAUUGAACAAAAUGAUGGGAAUUCACUAAACAACUCGCACUUUAGUGCACAACAAAAAGCAAAAAUGGAGGAUAGGGAUGAACGAGAGAAAAUAGUCUUGUGGAGGCAGCCCCUGCGGACAUUUUAUUAUUUCUCUCUUGAAUUCCUCAUACUAUUGAAGGAUUAUGGUGUGCAACUUUGGAGAAAUCGAGGGAAAGUCAGUGUGGUGUUACUCACAUUCCUAGCCAUGCUUUUGACGUAUCACAUUGGUGGAUCACAUCAAAAAUAUGUCCUAAUAGUUAGGAAGAAGUUCCUGUGGUGUGCCUAUUGGGUCGGCCUGGGUAUCUUAUCGUCUGUCGGUUUAGGUACUGGUCUUCACACAUUCUUGCUAUACCUGGGUCCUCAUAUAGCAGGUGUUACCCUAGCAGCAUUUGAAUGUCUCUCAGUAGACUUCCCUGAGCCACCAUACCCAGAUGAUAUACUCUGUCCAGAUCAGGAAGGCACAUCCAUGAGUCUGUGGACCAUAAUGAGCAAAGUCAGACUUGAAGCCUUUAUGUGGGGUGCAGGUACUGCCAUUGGUGAAUUGCCACCAUAUUUCAUGGCUCGAGCUGCGAGGUUGUCGGGAAGAGAUAUUGAUGAUGAGGACUAUGAUGAGCUAGAAGAAUUGAUGAAAGAGAAAAGUGAACAUCCAGGAGACUUGGGAAGAAUUGGCAACUUUUUUUCGGGUAUUCUAGAGAGAGCUAAGCUAGCUGUACAUAAUCUAGUCCAAAAAGUUGGAUUCUUUGGAAUUCUUGCAUGUGCUUCAAUCCCCAACCCACUCUUUGAUUUAGCUGGUAUUACCUGUGGACAUUUCCUCAUCAAGUUCUGGACAUUCUUCGGUGCGACGCUUAUAGGAAAAGCUGUCAUCAAAAUGCAUAUACAGAAACUCUUCGUCAUCUUUGCAUUUAGUGAACAUCAUGUGGAACAAGUAGUAGGAUUGUUGAAAUACAUCCCCAAGAUAGGGCCGUCACUGCAGGAACCAUUCAGGGAAUAUCUAGAGAAACAAAAACAAAAGCUCCAUCACAAACCAGGGACAGAAGUAGCUCAGAGUUCCAGUUUACUAUCCUCAAUAUUUGAGAAAGUCAUCAUCAUAAUGGUAGUGUAUUUCGUUGUGUCUAUACUCAACUCGAUGGCCCAAGCAUACCACAAACGAUUGUGUAAAGAACGCUACAACAAAUUGGAAAAGACGAAUCGAGACUGACCUUACUUCAUGGAAACCAAACAUUCAAACUGCUGGGUGCAUCAUGUAUAGGCCUCAGUCAAUUAUUGCUGGCUCAACCAUUAUGCAUAGCUAUUGUCAAAUCCACCCAAUUUAUAACCAAGAUUUCCUAGGUGCUGGUUGAGUAAGGUCAGCCUUAUAGGAGAUCUUUGUUACAUCUGGUGGAAUGAGCUUUUUUCAUAUCAAUGUUGGAAUCAAUGUUGUAAUAUUCACUGUUGCCAUCAUUUUCAUCUUCAAGGAUAAAUAAAUCUGGGGCAACAAAAUGGUCGAGUCUUCUUUGCAAGAUUUGUGGGAAUUUUUGUUGGGUUGACAUUUGUAUACUAAACUGUGCCUCUCCCAGUUGACUGCUUCACUUCUGAGGGUUGCUGCCCCAUUAAAUGUGAUCAAAACAUGAGAAUAAAGUAUUUGCUGAUUGGGAAUAAGACAUCUUUGUACCAAUUAUAGUGUUUAGAAUCAUUGUUCCAACAAUUCAGUAUUACCCAAGUCUUCAUGUAUUUUUAUUGUCAGUGCUGGGGAGAUCAGUUGAGCUCUGGUUUACGGAUGUUCCUUGUCCAAUCAUGUUUUUGGCUUUCGGCUGAAAAAUGGAAGUUUUUAUUACUUGCUUAUCUGAUUAAAAGUGCAACUAAUGUUGAAAAACAAUACCACAGAAUAUUGAGAGUAUUCAGUAGGAUUAUAUUGUUUUGAAAAUCCUGUCGUUUUUUGGGUAGGCAACACCAAACAUUAGAACAUGUACAUGUAUGUUCCUCAGGUUUUGGUUAUGUGUGGUGGUGGAUGCAUGCUUCUUUUUGUCUGUGAACCAUUUUUGUAUUUCAUCAGUUUGACUGUGAUGUCGGAGAAGCUGAGAGUACAUUAAAGGGAGACUCUAGGCAGGAGUCUGGUAGGUCAGAUUAAGGUGCACCAAGGUUGGGGUCCCUCCCAUCUCAAAUUACCCCAAAACUAUUCUCGCCAUAUUCACGCUUUUAGGAGGAUUACACAUAACACAUUCCCCAAACUGUUCAUAUUUGGUCACCUCCUAUAGUCUCCCUUUAAGGGUGUGUUUAGUACUCUCUUGAGUUUUGAACUCAUUCAAUUCUAGACGAGAUUAGUUAUUUUUCGGAGAGAUUUUCAUCUUUAAUGGUGUAUUGCUGCAAUUUCAAUUAAUGUUUUAGCAAAUUUUUGGGAAUGAUCCUUAUAACUAGAAACCUACCCUGUCAUUGAUUUAACCACUGUCUUAUACAGUUUUAUUUACUGUUUACAAAAGAACAGAUGUACCUAAGUACGUUAGAGGGAGUUCCAGUCAAAUUGUGUCUGUUUUGUUUACAAAUUGUCCCACCUGCACGAAAUAUUUUGAAAAAGCAUGACAGCUACGCUACAUAAAAACGCUUCAUGACUGCAGACUAGAAGAAUUGUCUUAUUUUGUGUGGUUUAAAUGAUAAUCUUCUUGACUACAGAAAUACAGGGCUUUUGAGGAAGACUAUUCAUGGCUUGAAAGAGACCCCUUAUAAACUAUUGAUGCCCAGAAUGAAUUUGAUAUUUGCCUCUUAUUCUUUGUGAUAUCAGAAAUUCAUUGGUAAGCAAGCUAUAUGUAUCCUGUCUCUGUUUAUACAGAAUUGGUAUUCGGAAAUCAUCGCUGGUUUCUCCAUGUUAGUGUAUAUCUAAAGUGUUCGAGGAAAUGCGUGGCAACGGAAAUUGUUUUGCGGGAUCUGUGACAGUCUGCUCUCAUGUGGUCCAUCAUUUAUGCGAUGUGAUUAUUUGCAUCAAUUAUUGAAAUAGGAUAAUAAAUGAUUCAAUGAUAAUGCA